AUGCCUUUUUCCUCUGAGCAAUUCAUUACUAAGCUAAAUACUCUUGAAGAUUCCCAAGAAUCCAUUUCCAGUGCUUCAAAGUGGUUGCUUUUACAGUACAGAGAUGCUACCAAAGUGGCAGAAACAUGGAAAGAAUAUAUGUUACGGUCUAGUGUAAACACAAGAAGAAAGUUGUUGGGCCUCUAUUUAAUGAAUCAUGUUGUUCAACAGGCCAAAGGUCAAAAAAUUAUUCAAUUUCAAGAUUCGUUUGGAAGGGUGGCAGCUGAGGUAUUAGGAAAGAUCAACCAAGAGUUUCCGCGGGACCUUAAAAAGAAGUUGUCAAGGGUUGUAAAUAUCCUGAAAGAGAGAAACAUUUUUUCCAAACAAGUAGUUAUUGACAUAGAAAGAAACCUCAAAACCGAGAGUUCACCAGUCGAAGCAUUAGUACUACCCCAGAAAUUGAAAGAUUUUGCUAAAGAUUAUGAAAAAUUGGUUAAAAUGCAUCAUAACGUUUGUGCUAUGAAAAUAAGAUUCGACAAAUCGUCAGACGAGUUGGAUCCAUCCAGCACAGUUUACGAGGAAAAUUUUAAGACAAUAAGUAAGAUUGGGAAUAUGGCAAAAGAUAUAAUAAAUGAAUCCAUUCAGAAAAGAAAAAGCGGUAUUCAAAAAUUACAAAGCACAUUGGAUGAUGAAAAAAGGCAUCUAGAUGAAGAACAGAAUAUGUUGAGUGAAAUAGAAUUUGUUUUAUCCGCUAAAGAUCCAUCCAGGAUAAAUAAAAAUAUCGAUGAGGACAACAUUAUUCCAACAUAUGAAGUAGGUGAUGGUGACGACGAAGAAGAAGAAAAAGAUGAUGGUGAUGAUGAUGAUGAUGAUGACAAAAGUUACGGCCAUAAAUUCAGUGACAACGGUUACGGGGUUGACGAUAUUGACACAAUGGAACAGAAGGAUGAAGUUGUAGAUGAGGCGAAUAAUGAACACAAGAAUUCCAUGAACAAUCCUGGUGACGUUCAAUUUGACCUAAAACGAACACACGAUAUGAUAAGCCAUGAUGACCCUAACGAUGUACCGGAGAAAAAAGUUCAUCUUGAUUCCAAGACAUGUGAAGAUAGUAUUCCUGGCUACGAGGAUGGCCAUUAUGAGUUAGAUAUGGAAGCACACGUCGACGAACAAGCUGAUGAAGGGGUUGGAAACUCUGAGGGGGUUUCCUCUAGUAUACAAGACCUGUUAAGUAAGCUCGCAAAUUAA